AUGACCACGCUGGCCGGAGCUGUGCCCAGGAUGAUGCGGCCGGGCCCGGGGCAGAACUACCCGCGCAGCGGCUUCCCUCUGGAAGUGUCCACUCCCCUCGGCCAGGGCCGCGUCAACCAGCUUGGCGGCGUGUUCAUCAACGGCAGGCCGCUACCCAACCACAUCCGCCACAAGAUCGUGGAGAUGGCCCACCACGGAAUCCGGCCCUGUGUCAUCUCCCGCCAGUUGCGUGUGUCCCACGGCUGCGUCUCUAAGAUCCUGUGCAGGUACCAGGAGACUGGCUCCAUCCGUCCUGGUGCCAUUGGUGGCAGCAAGCCCAAGCAGGUGACAACGCCUGACGUGGAGAAGAAAAUUGAGGAAUACAAAAGAGAGAACCCGGGCAUGUUCAGCUGGGAAAUUCGAGACAAAUUACUUAAGGACGCUGUCUGUGAUCGAAACACUGUGCCCUCAGUGAGUUCCAUCAGCCGCAUCCUGAGGAGUAAAUUCGGGAAAGGCGAAGAGGAGGAGGCUGACCUGGACAGGAAGGAGGCCGAGGAGAGUGAGAAGAAGGCGAAACACAGCAUCGACGGCAUCCUGAGCGAGCGAGCCUCAGCACCCCAAUCCGAUGAAGGCUCUGACAUUGACUCUGAACCAGAUUUGCCACUAAAGAGAAAACAGCGCAGGAGCCGAACCACUUUCACAGCAGAACAGCUUGAAGAACUGGAACGAGCUUUUGAGAGGACCCACUACCCUGAUAUUUAUACCAGGGAGGAACUGGCACAGAGGGCGAAGCUCACCGAGGCCCGAGUCCAGGUUUGGUUUAGCAACCGCCGUGCGAGAUGGAGGAAGCAAGCUGGGGCCAAUCAACUCAUGGCUUUCAACCAUCUCAUUCCGGGGGGGUUCCCUCCCCCCGCCAUGCCGACCCUGCCAACAUACCAGCUGUCGGAGACAUCUUACCAGCCCACAGCUAUUCCGCAAGCCGUCUCGGAUCCCAGCAGCACUGUUCACAGACCUCAGCCGCUUCCUCCGAGCACCGUCCACCAAAGCACUAUUCCUUCAAACCCAGACAGCAGCUCUGCCUACUGCCUCCCCAGCACCAGGCAUGGAUUUUCCAGCUAUACAGACAGCUUUGUGCCUCCGUCUGGGCCCUCCAACCCCAUGAACCCCGCCAUUGGCAAUGGCCUUUCACCUCAGGUAAUGGGACUCCUGACCAACCACGGUGGCGUGCCCCAUCAGCCCCAGACCGAUUAUGCUCUCUCCCCUCUCACCGGGGGCCUGGAACCUACCACCACGGUGUCGGCCAGCUGCAGUCAGAGACUAGACCCUAUGAAGAGCUUGGACAGUCUGCCAACAUCUCAGUCCUACUGUCCACCCACUUACACCACCACGGGCUACAGUAUGGACCCUGUCACAGGCUACCAAUAUGGGCAGUACGGACAAAGUGCCUUUCAUUAUCUCAAGCCAGAUAUCGCUUGGUUUCAAAUUCUUUUGAACAUAUUGGACAAAAGCAGUGGAAGAAAGGAAGGCCUGGAACAGUGA